CGGGGCAGCUGGUCCCGGCGGGUCGAGACCCCGCCUGGUGAAGUCCGGGACCAGCAGACAGCAGCAUGCGGCCCGGCCGUUCCCCAGAACCUCCAAAAACUCAACAGACGUGUUCAAAAAGGGUCCAACAGUCCAAUAACUGAGAGGAAAUGAGUAAGAGCUGAACUUCUGGUUCCUCCCCGGCAGACAGUUGAGGGUUAACCGCCCCGCCCUGCUGCCGGGAAACCCUGCAGGCAUGUUACGAUCUGCCUCACAUUCCUCACCAACAUUCCUGGCUGCUGUUCUGCUCCGACCCGGAGUCAUGUUUCUGUCCCAGGUCCGCAGGUCCGUCCGGCUGGCCUCCAGAACCAGCGCCCCCCUGGUCCGGGCCGGUCUGGCGUGGUCCCCCCAAAUGGUCUCCAGCUUCAGCACUCAGCCCCCCCCCAAAGAGGCCUCGGUCCGCUACAGCCUCGGUCGCCCGGUUCUCUCCCUGCGGCUCCCGUCGGGUCGUGAAGGUCGUUUCUCUCUGACGCCGAUGUUGACCAGCGUCGGGGAUCUGCUGCGGGACAUCGGGGCCAGCGACCCGGCCGUGUCCGCCGCCGCCCUCUGUAACCACGACGGACAGAGAAUCUCCAGCUGCACGUUGAUGGAGACGGUUCUCAGCAAAGACUUCCAGCUGCUCAUCAACGACGUCACCUACAACGUCCGCUCGUUUGAACCAGGCUCGUCCCACGAACACGUGCUGGGCCUGCAGGACAUGAAGUACCUGGUCCACCUGCUGCACUCGGCUCUGAACGUCCCUCAGCAGCUGCACCUGCAGCACUCAGGGCUGCUGGCGCAGCAGGACCGGCUCCGGCAGCAGCUGCAGCCGCUGGAGGAGGUGAGGGUUGAGCUGGCGAAGGAGGCGGAGACCAGGGCCUCUCUAAUGGGGUGGGUGGGGCUUGCCUACCUGUCCCUGCAGGGUGGAUUCCUGGGCUACCUUACCUGGUACGUGUUUGCGUGGGACAUCAUGGAGCCGGUCACCUUCUUCAUCUCCUUAACCACCAGCAUGGUCUUCUUCGGCUACUACCUCCUCACCCGACAGGAUUUCGUCUACCCGCAGGUGAGGGAUCGUCACUUCCUCCAAUUCUUCUACAAGACAGCAUCAGUCAAGAAAUUUGACGUCCAGAAAUACAACCAGCUAAAGGACGAGCUGUCGAAGGUGGACGAGGAUCUCCGGAGGUUGAGGAACGCCAUCCGGCUGCAGCUGCCGGUGGACCAGGUUCAGCCUCACAAAGCCGCCUGACGUUCCUCCUGACAACCAAACCUGGCUUUACUAAGAUUACAGACAAACACAAGCGUUUUAAAUUACUAUCUCAUAGCUGUACUGGGACCAGGCAGUUUAACUGGUGUACGGUGCCCUAGUAUCCCAGCAUUCCAGUAGUACACCGGUACUCUGCACUACUACAUGUACACUAGUACAUGAGUAACUUCAACUAAAUCGAUAAACUGGUAAAUGGACUUGAAAUAUGUUUGGAUCUCAACCUAAAAAAUGGUAUGAUGUAACUUGUUCAGGGGGCGAAUAAACCAGGGGGGUGGAUUCA